ACACUCAGCCAAACAGCUGUUUUUCUUGCUCCCCGAUCAAAUUAUACAAUUGUUGGCGUUUUCCGACGUCCAGAUCGCAGAUAUCCAGGAACAAGCGGUGCAAAAUGGUGGCUGGUGGUGCCUCGGAUACGGGCGGCGUGAAGCCGAUGGCCAUUGCGGGCCGCAUGGUGCGCGAGCGGGAGCGCCUGAUCGGCAUGCUGCCCGAGGAGCGCGCCUGGCGCAAGCAGUGGCUGAAGGAUCAGGAACUUCAUCAUGGAGCCCGCAAGGUGCCUGCCCUGGAGCUGGAGCUCAACAAUCCCAUCAAGCGCUUCUACCGCGCUCCCUUGGACAAGGUCGCCAGCGUCUUGGAGCCCGUCCUGGGCUUCCAGCGGGCAUUCACCGUGCGCUACUGGACCGGCAAGGCACUCCUCGCCCUCACCGGAAUCUAUGCCGGCGCCUAUUACUUCAAGUACAACCAGAAUGACUGGACCCGAAAGGGUGGCUGGCGUGUGAUCCACUCCCGCAAGGCGGUCGUGCCCGGAGAUGAGGGCUAUCCCAAGGUAUCCGAUCGCUCGGCGCCCUCCGACUACGCGGCCCGCGGAUUCAAGCAGUCGCCUCUAUAAGCUGGAGAUCGUCCCCGAGCUCGCUAGUGAUUUCUUAAGUUUGAAUCGUAAAUUAAUAAUAUCAAAACAAAAAUCGCAAUAAAUAUGGAAACGAAAACACA